UUCUUGAGUCCCUUCCAAUAUGUUGCCUCUGAGAAGUUGUGUUGGGAAAAUUUUCCACUCCAGUCACGCCGCUUCCCCCUACACCCGGAAGAUCGGCCUUCCCAGAGGAACUCCCACACGGGGAGGGGCUGCCGGGCUGAGUGCGAGUGACGUAGCGCGUGAGUGGCGGUCACGUGGCUCGAGGCGGCGCAGGCUCCUUCCGGCUCCCUGGGGCUGGGCCGCGGCGGUAAGCCAGACGCCCUGGCACAUGCGCAGUGGUGCUCCACGUGAACGUCUGCGUUUCUCCUCAGCCCUGGGGAUGCCGCCGGAACGCAGGAGCCGGACGAAAGCAGAGCGGAGAGCCGGCACAAUGCCGGGGAGGCAAGCCCGACCCGGGAGCGGCGGCACGCCCCGAAAGGCCGCCCGUUCAUCCCAACGGGCACCGCAGGCCGGGCAGCGGGCGGCCCCUAGAGCGGUCACGGCGGCGGCGGCGGCGGCGGCGGCGGAGGAGGAGGAGAGCCGGCUUCGGCAGCGGAACCGCCUGGUGCUCGAGGACGACAAGCCAGCCGCCGAGCGGUGUCUGGAGCAGCUGGUCUUCGGCGACGUCGAGGAAGACGAGGACGCGCUGCUGCGGAGGCUACGGAGCUCACGGGGUCAACGGCAAGGAAGCUCGGGUGACUCUGAAGUGGAAGAUGAAGCAAAAGAUAAUCUUCCGACUCAGAAGAAGCCAGUUUGGGUGGAUGAAGAUGACGAAGAUGAGGAAAUAGUUGACAUGGUGAACAAUCGGUUUCGGAAAGAUAUUAUGAAAAAUGCCAGCGAAAGUAAGCUCUCAAAAGAUAAGCUUCAAAAGAGACUUAAAGAGGAAUUCCAGCAUGCCAUGGGAGGAGUACCUGAUUGGGCAGAGCCUGGACACAAGCGGAGAAAAUCUUCAGAUGAUGAAAGUGAAAGUGAAGAGGAUGAAGAUGAUUUGUUGCAAAGGACUGGGAAUUUCAUAUCCACAUCCACUUCUCUUCCAAGAGGAAUUUUGAAGAUGAAGAACUGCCGUCCUGCCAAUGCUGAACGGCCUACCACUGCUCGGAUCUCAUCAGUGCAGUUCCAUCCUGGCGCACAGGUGGUGAUGGUCUCUGGGGUAGAUAAUGCUAUCUCACUAUUUCAGGUAGAUGGCAAAACAAACCCGAAAAUCCAGAGCAUCUAUUUGGAAAAGUUUCCAAUCUUUAAGGCUUGUUUCAGUGCUAAUGGAGAAGAGCUUUUAGCCACAAGUGUGCACAGCAAGGUUCUUUAUGUCUAUGAUAUGCUAGCUGGAAAGUUAGUUCCUGUACAUCAAGUGAGAGGUAUGAAAGAGAAAAUAGUGAAGCGAUUUGAAGUCUCUCCAGAUGGAUCCUUCCUGCUCAUAAGUGGCAUUGCUGGGUUUUCUCAUUUGCUGUCAAUGAAGACCAAAGAAUUGAUUGGUAGCAUGAAGAUUAAUGGAAGAAUUGCAGCAUCCACAUUCUCUUCUGAUAGUAAGAAGAUAUAUGCUUCUUCUGAGAAUGGAGAAGUUUAUGUGUGGGAUGUGAAUUCGAGGAAGUGCAUUAACAGAUUCCUCGAUGAAGGCAGUUUAUAUGGAUUAAGCAUUGCUGCGUCAAAGAAUGGGCAGUAUGUGGCUUGUGGUUCUAAAAGUGGAGUGGUAAAUAUAUACAGUCAAGAUUCUUGCCUCCAACAAACAAACCCGAAGCCAAUAAAAGCUAUAAUGAACCUGGUCACUGGUGUUACUUCCUUGACCUUCAAUCCCACUACAGAAAUCUUGGCAGUGGCUUCAAGAAAAAUGAAAGAAGCUAUCAGAUUGGUUCAUCUUCCUUCCUGUACAGUAUUUUCUAACUUUCCGGUUUUUAAAAAGAGUGCUAUUUCUCGUGUUCAAACCAUGGAUUUUUCUCCCAGAGGUGGAUACUUUGCCUUGGGGAAUGAGCGAGGCAAGGCCCUGUUGUAUAGGUUGCACCAUUACUCAGAUUUCUAAAGAUUUUUUUUUCAAAUCCAGUUGAACCCAUCUCAGUACAUCUUCCCAGAAAUUUCCUGGAGUAUGAGAUAAUAUAUGGAUAAUAACUUGUGGAAUUCAUGCUUAAAAUUAGCAGCAAUACCCUAAUAAAUAAAUGUAUGAUAACUUUUGUUUGAAAA